AUGGGAAAGAAGCGAGUCCAAGCAUGCAUCUCCGUCGACAUCGACGCCGUAGCCGGCUGGCUAGGCUCUUAUGGUGGCGAGGAUAGCACAUCUGAUAUCUCACGAGGCCUCUUCGCCGGCACAAUUGGCGUCCGCCGCCUCCUCAAGCUCUUCUCAAAAUACAACAUCAAAACAACCUUCUUCAUCCCAGGCCACUCCCUCGAGACCUUCCCGGAAGAAUGCCGCAUGGUCGCGGACGCCGGGCACGAAAUCGGCCUGCACGGCUACUCGCACGAGAACCCCAUCGCCAUGAACGUCGAGCAGCAGACGGCCAUCAUGGACAAGUGCUACCGCCUGAUCAGCGAGUUCCAGCACGGCAAGCCACCGAGAGGGAUCGUCGCGCCGUGGUGGGAGAGUAGCCAGGAUGGUGCGGAGCUCAUGUUGAAGUAUGGGUUGGAGUAUGAUCAUUCUUUCUCGCAUCAUGAUUGUCAGUGUUAUUGGCUCCGCACGGGCGAUAAGUGGAUUCCUAUUGACUAUAAUAAACACCCGGACCACUGGAUGAAGCCUCUAGAGGGAGGGCCGAUGACUGGUCUCGUCGAGAUCCCCGCGAGUUGGUAUCUCGAUGAUUUGCCGCCGAUGAUGUUUAUCAAGAAGGCCCCGAAUUCGCACGGAUGGGUGAACCCACGAGACGUUGAGGAGUUGUGGUUGGAUCAAUUCAAUUAUUUCUACCGGGAGGAGGAUGAGUUUGUAUUUCCGGUGACUGUGCAUCCAGAUGUUUGUGGGCAUCCACACGGGUUGUUGAUGUUGGAGAGGAUCAUCGAAUACAUCAACAAGCACGAAGGCGUGGAGUGGGUGACGAUGGAACAGAUCUGCGACGACUUCAAGUCCAAGAACGUGGCGCCCACCGGUGCAAUGAUGCCCGCGAAACCAGGAGCAAUUCUGGAAAAUCCGAAGCUGGAGUUGGAGAAGAAGGCAUGA